AUGUCUGAACCUGACAUCGAGCUUGCCUCAUUGACCCAUCGACAAAACAAGGAGCGACUGUUUACCGUCAGAUGUCUCUCAUCUGCAUCCUAUGCCACUGCCACUCCCGUUUUUUCGAACAAACGGCACCAGGAUGACCGGGGAGUCCUAUCAAUAGCCGGUAUCGAUUCCGUUUAUGUACUUGAUGCUGAAACGGUGCAUAUCACUCUCGCCGUGAAUGCCUUGUCUCGUGUCGGUCUAUUUGAGGAUUUGCAAGCUUUUACUGACGGCAAACAGAGAAAGCAGACUCCUCAAGUCCUGACCGCGAUCCACGGCAAACAGAGAAAGCAGACUCCUCAAGUCCUGACCGCGAUCCACGACAAACAGAGAAAGCAGACUCCUCAAGUCCUGACCGCGAUCCACGGCAAACAGAGAAAGCAGACUCCUCAAGUCCUGACCAUGAUCAACGGCAAACAGAGAAAGCAGACUCCUCAAGUCCUGACCGCGAUCAAUGUGGUUUUGACCUGGUGCAAUGCCCUGGUAGAAGAUAUGCCAACCAAAAUUAGGAAUUUCCGACACACACCUACAAAGUUCUAUGGGAGUAGGCCUUUGGACUCACUCAAUGGCCUUGGGCUUAACGCCAGGGGCCAGCAAGUUGAGCGUGGAGAGUCAGGUGCAAGCAUGGAGCAGGUAAUCACUGGAGGAGAAGUAGUCUUAUUGAUGCCACAUGGUCGGCACAUGGCUGACUGUGAUCCCAACUCUGUGGAUGUUGGUAUUGUGGGUUCUACUUCCUUUCAGAUGCUAGCAAAUUCUCCAUUCUUGUCCGACAUAGCCUCUGGGCAGUGGGACUUGAUCUUGCAACUGCCCAUGCAAUCCAUUCCAGAUCAUAUGUCAGUUUCACGCCAGAAGAUCAGCGGCAGUCAGAUACGCAGGAACCGCACCCCAUCAUCUCCAAGUCUUUCUAUACCUGCCACAACACCUGCGAAUUGUCCUGGGAUGCUGCUCAUCAAUCCAGAUACAUUUCCACCUUCUGGUGAGGGUCACACUGAAUACCAUAGAAGAAUGGCAAGGAUGGUGGUUGCUGCACGGGGGGCAACAGGAAGGCGAGACCUUGUUGCCUGGGUCUCUCAGUUACGCGGUUCCACCUCAGCAAAGCGUUAG